UGGAAUCCGUCACAGCCAAAGGGAAGGCGUCCUACCUGCAGACGGAGGUAGAGAAAGGCCGACUUCGUGUGAACCUAGGGCGCUAAUGCGUUCGUCGUUGAAAAAAAUACACGGAAAAGUAAAAGGACGGAUUGACAGGUGAAAGGUACGAGGAGAAGAAAACGUGCCCGGCCAGCAGGGAGCGCCAAGCGGCGCUAUCCUUUGUGCCACGCCCUCGGGUCUUGCCACGCCCCUCUCCCGCUUCUACUUCCGCUUCCGAGGAGUCGAGGGCCCGCAUUUCCGGGAGCGCGCCGCGUGGAGUUGUGUUGCUGCGGGUCUCAACAUGGUGGGGUCUCCGUUCGUCGUCCCACCCGGGCCGAUUCUUUCUCUGAACCCGCAGGAAGACGUCCAGUUUCAGAAGGAGGUGCAGCACUUCCGCCAGCGCGUAACCCAGCAAAAAAAGGAAGAAAAACUUAUUCCUGGAGUAAUUUUUGUGGGCCAUCUGCCUCCAGCACUUUAUGAAACCCAAAUCAAAGCAUAUUUCUCCCAGUUUGGCACUAUUACAAGAUUUAGACUAUCCAGAAGUAAAAAGACUGGAAAUAGCAGAGGCUAUGCCUUUGUGGAGUUUGAGUCUGAAGAUGUUGCCAAGAUAGUUGCUGAAACAAUGAAUAACUACCUUUUUGGUGAAAGACUCUUGGUGUGUCGUUUUAUGCCACCAGAAAAAGUACACAAAGAACUUUUUAAAGAGUGGAAUACUCCAUUUCGUCAGCCAUUGUAUCCAGCUGUGAAGCGGUAUAAUCGGAAGCGGACAUUUUUUCAAAAACUGCAAAUGGAAGAGCGAUUUAAAAAGAAAGAAAAAUUGCUCAGGAAAAAACUAGCAGCAAAAGGAAUUAAUUAUGAUUUUCCUUCAUUGGUUUUAUCAUCCAGUAAGACCAAAGAUCCUUCGGAUAAACCUACAAAGAAGAAAAAGUCUUCAGGCAUACCAAAGAAGAAGAAGAAGCGGGUUUCUAAAGGCACUGCUGCCACUCCUGACAAGUCUAUAGAUAGCCAGGGCCCCACACCAGUUUGUACACCAACAUUUUUAGAGAAACGAAAAUCUGAAGUGGUGGGAAUGGAUGAUGAUGAUGAUGAUGAAAUAGUUUUCAAGCUGCCCGUAUAUGAUGCAGAAGGAGCAGUAGAGACUCCAACACCUAAACAGUCAGGGAAGAAAAGACGAAGACAAAAACCAAGCAGUGAUUCUGAACGUAUUAUAUGAGUAUAUAUCUUCUGACAAAAUGUGAUGGUUUUCUUAUAGUGGCUGACUAUAUUUUACAAGGUACAAUGAAAUGUAACCAUCAAUAGACUCAAAAGAGAAAACAUGCUAUUUGGAAAGCARUCAGUACUUUGGCUUUUUUUGCCCCUAUUGAAGUAUGGGGGUACAUCAGAGCUUGCAGUGGUUAGGCUCACACUGCCUUUGCCCUGGUCUCAGUUUUCCUAUCCCCUCUUUAUUUUGCCUAUGUUAAAGGGUCACUGUUAACUGUAAAUUUAACAACUAAUCUGAAGCUAUUUUUAUCGACACCAAAUAAAGACAGUCAAUCCUGCUUAUCAUCUGUGUGGUUCUUGUGCACAUUUAAGCCAUCAGUGUAUUUUAGAUUUCAGCAUCAGGUGGCUGAAAUGAAGAUUAUAUGGAGAGUGAAAAUGUAGUUCAGAUGUUCAUACAGAUUCACAAGUACUCAUUUUUUACCAGUAAUGUUAGUUUUGGGUGGGCCAGCAUGAAUUGAUAACUACAAUUUUGAAUCAGUAUCAAACAUGAAAUUGUGUCCAGGAUACAAACCAUGAACAGCAAAUUAAAUUUUUCUACACAUUAUUUGUAAACAAGACUUAAGGAGCUUGGAGGGGGCAAAUUUCUGUGUUCUUGCUUCCCUCUUAAGUUUGUACCCUUGAAAUGUGCUGUUGUGUUAAUUAAUCCAAAUUCAUUAAAAUCUAUCCUUCCCUACCAUUUUAUCACCCAAUAUUUGUUAAAUUUGUAACAUAAAUGCUCUGAUGUAAAACAGUUGGUUUCAAGUGUAUACAAAGAACAGACAGUGACAGGCACAUAGAAAAUGUUCAUAUGGUCCAGUGAAUGGGUAGCAACUUUCUGAAGCAUUCUGAACUUUGUGGAUCUGAAAUUUCCUUGAUUACCAUUCUGUGAAAAGAAAUWAGCUUCUCUGUUCAGAAACAUGUCAUGUUUUAUCACCCCAAGGAUUAUGUGCAUUCAAACACACAAAAGACGAGAUAAAAUGAAUAUUUAUUCCUUACCAACCUGUCACCCAUACCACCCCACAGGUAGGGUGCCAUUCAUUAGCCCUUCAUGGGAAAGAAUUUCCUGCCUGUGGAGCAGUGAGGUGGAUAUUUUUAAUUAGCAGAGCUAAAAUUAUACAAUUACACAGAAUAGUAGAUGAAGUUCUUCAGAAAAUUAUCAAAAGUGGCAUGGAUUACAUUUCAUAAGAGUAGUGGAACCUGAAGUGGAAAUCCCUCAGCCAAUAUAAUAAGAAAAGUCUAUAGUAAGUCAAGUACAAAUAAGGUGAUGAGAAUAAAACUAAAAUUGUACAAUCAUGACCACAGCAAUUCAAAAGCAUUUUUUAUAAAGAUGUACACAAAAUAAUGCUCUGGAAUUACAGGUUGUUUUCCCCUUUUUGUAAUUCUAAAAAACCAUGAGUACUAUACUUGGCAUUUGUGUGUGUGUGUGUUUGUGUAAUCAUAACAAAGUUGAAAAGGAAUCCACRGGUAAAGUUCAGUUAGAGCCAGAUAUGUCAUGAGAUGGAGUAUAAAUUAUUAAAUAAAACAAAUUUGGAUUGCAGGUAAUAUGGCAAAUGAAUAAACUUAGAGGUUAAAGAUUGGGUUUUCUUCCAUGGUAUUUGGAAUGUGUGUAGCAGUGUCCAAGGCAACUGAUGAUUAUGACUGGAAAUUGUAGAUCUGGCCAGUUUGAGACUUGAAAAAUAAGGAUUGUCUCUGCUAAUAUGGAUUCUAAAUUACCACUUGCAAACAGCAAAGGGUGUUUCUCAUUGAAAGGCAGAAUCUGGGCUAUACUUUAAUAAAUACAACAAAUAGAAGAGACAAAAAAGCUAACAAUCAGACUCCAAAUAGGAACAACUAGGGGUGUGUCUUCAAGGUCUCUCAUGGACAUCAA